AAGUUCUCGCUCACGUGACGUCAGGAAGGCCUGGGCUACACGUGUCGUUCGAUCGACCUCCCCUAAAAAGGCAGUAGGUUUCGAAGCGUCCUCUUCCGCUGGUGUCGCCAUGGAGACGGGGAGAUUGUUAGGCGCAAACGGAGAGACAUCCUGGAGACAGACAGACGGCUCCUGACAACGAGCGCAGCCGCAGCGACAACAGCACCCCUCCAGCCAUGAGCCAGCGACAAGUCCUGCAAGUGUUUGAGCAGUACCAGAGAGCGCGGACUCAGUUUGUUCAGACUAUUGCGGAGCUUGCCACGCGUCCUCAGAACAUUGAAACCCUACAAAAUGCAGGCGUUAUGUCUCUGCUGCGGCCCCUGCUCUUGGAUGUGGUCCCAACUAUCCAGCAGACCUCUGCUUUGGCUCUUGGGAGACUCGCCAAUUAUAAUGAUGAUCUGGCAGAAGCAGUUGUUAAAGGAGACAUUCUUCCACAGCUUGUGUAUUCUCUCGCUGAGCAGAAUCGCUUCUAUAAGAAAGCCGCAGCAUUUGUGCUCCGAGCAGUUGGCAAACAUUCCCCUCAGCUAGCUCAGUCAGUGGUGGAUUGUGGAGCGGUGGAUGCGCUGGUCGUCUGCCUAGAAGACUUUGACCCUGGGGUAAAGGAAGCUGCUGCCUGGGCUCUUGGCUACAUCGCCCGACAUAAUGCAGAACUGUCACAAGCUGUGGUGGAUGCAGGAGCCGUUCCCCUCCUCGUGCUGUGUAUCCAGGAGCCAGAAGUGGCUUUGAAAAGGAUUGCGGCUUCAGCUUUGAGCGAUCUAUCAAAGCAUUCUCCAGAGCUGGCUCAGACCGUGGUGGACGCAGGGGCAAUUGCCCACUUAGCCCAGAUGAUUCUCUCUCCAGAUGCCAAACUCAAGCGGCAGGUGCUUUCUGCCUUAGGUCAAAUAUCCAAGCAUUCGGUGGAUUUAGCAGAGAUGGUGGUAGAAGCCGAAAUCUUCCCAGUCGUCCUGACAUGCCUGAAGGACCCGGACGAAUACGUCAGGAAAAAUGCAGCCACUUUAAUUCGAGAAAUUGCCCGACACACACCCGAGCUGUCCCAGCUCAUAGUCAAUGCAGGAGGAGUGGCCGCUGUCAUAGACUGCAUCGGGAACAGCAAGGGGAAUGUGAGACUUCCUGGGGUCAUGAUGUUGGGUUAUGUAGCAGCUCAUUCCGAGAACCUUGCAAUGGCUGUCAUCAUCUCAAAGGGGGUCCCUCAAUUAGCCAUCUGCCUGUCAGAGGAAAGCGAGGAUCACAUCAAGGCAGCUGCCGCUUGGUCCCUUGGCCAGAUUGGGAGACACACUCCAGAGCAUGCACGUGCUGUCGCUGUAGCAAAUGUAUUGCCAAAGCUCCUGUCUCUCUACAUGGACACCGAAAGCUCAGAGGACCUUCAAGUCAAGGCAAAGAAAGCCCUGAAAAACAUCCUGCAGAAGUGCACCCAUCUGCCUGCGCUGGAGCCCCUGCUGCACGACGCGCCACCCAACAUCCUGAAGCACGUGGUGGGGCAGUUCAGUAAGGUUCUUCCACACGACAGCAAAGCAAGACGGCUCUUUGUAACAAGCGGUGGGCUUAAGAAGAUUCAAGAGAUCUCCGCCGAUCCUGGCUCCCCUCUCCAAGAAUACAUCAACACCAUCAAUAACUGUUACCCCGAGGAGAUUGUCAAAUAUUACUCUCCUGGAUACUCCCAGGCGCUGCUGGAGAGAGUGGACCAUUACCAGCCAAUGAUUUCAUAAGUUUCCUAUACAUAUAUAUAUUUAAAUGCUCUAUUUUAUUACCUACAUUGAAACUCUGUUUGUUUGGAACACUAUAAAUAUUUAAUACUAUGCUGUAAGCAGAAAUUAAAGACAUACUAACCAUCA